UGUCUCCCGACAGUUGAGUUCUACUCGAGAUUGUUUAUUAUUUUAGGCCAUCAUGAUUGGAAAACUAGUUCUGGUCCUCCUACUAGUGGGGACCAUCAAAGCCCGGUCCCAAUCACCGAUUCAGUCUAGCAGAAGCCAUCAAGAAGAUUUCUACAAUGGCCCCUUCUUUCCCAAUGGCUGCCCAGUUGAUCCCAACGUUCAUUGGCUGCUCCGCCACCAUACUUAUUGCAACAAGUUCUUCCGUUGUGAUUCCGGACAAUUGGAUGAAAGAAGCUGUGCGCCUGGUUCAUUAUUCAACUACUUCACCCGCCCUGGCCCCGUUUGCGAUUGGCAAGAACUUGUGGUUUGCGGUAACCUAAUAAGGCCUCCUCUAUUAGCCGAACCCAAAUCCCCAGGGAAAAUGAUACCUACUGGAUGCCCGACUGAUUUCAGUGUACAUAAAUUGUUACCGCAUGAAACUUACUGCAAUAAGUUCUAUUAUUGCGUAUUCGGAGAGAAGGUAGAAAGGGAUUGUGCGCCUGGUACUUAUUUCAACCCUGAUGCCUACCCUGGACCAGUUUGUGAUUGGCCUGACAAAGUGGACUGCAGUCGGAGAACGUAACUGCCCCGUUUGCCCUGGGAUCAAAUUGAUGACAACCUGAGACAUACUCACCAAAUUUUAUAAAUUGUUUAAACAAAACUACUAAACAAACAAUAAAUAAAUACACUGCGUUGUUGCAACAUUAAGAAAAAUAUUACUUGCUUAUUAUUUCCCUCAGUAUACCGUUUUGGAAUUUUCUUAAA